AUAAUAUUAUUAAUUAGUAUUAUAACAUUUUUUAACAGAAGAAUUAAAAAAUGAAACGAAAUCUGCUUAGAAAAGACAUAUCAAGUUAGUGGAGUCAAAUUGGACGAAAAACGAGCGUUACCUCGCAACCGGUUCAACCAACUCGGAUCUUAAUCGGAUUUAUGGCUUAAAAUUUCACAAAUUAAAUAUACUAAAACCUUUAUAAGUUAAAAAUUGCCGCUUUUUACAGGAAUAUAAAAAAAUGCAAAAAAAUUGAAAUUGAACGAUAAAUGAUUUUUUGAAUGUGCUUCCUUGUAUUCUAUUGUUUGUAAACUGUAAAUAAUUAUUUACCAGAAGUUUAGCGGUAAUAAAAUAUAUUUUUAUUCAUAAUAUACAAAGAUUUUCAAACAUCUUCUACAUCUUCCAUCUCAUUUUCAAAAAUGAUAAGCGCGCAAAUUGAUAAGAACUUACUAUAUUACAUCCGUAGUUGUUUCGUAAUCUUGAAAGGAUGGUUGUAUUAUUCGAACCACUAACUUUAUUUUUCAGUUCUUCCAAUGUAAAAUGACAGUCUUCAUUUUGCUUUAUAAAGUCGAAAAUAGUGUUCAUAGCAGCAUCAACAGCACUGAUAAUAUUCUACACAAAAUAAUUGUACGUGGACACGAUCAGAAUAUUUUGUACAAAUAUAUUGUACACAAAAAAUUGUACGUGGAAAAACUAUGCACAAGAAUUAUUCUUGAAUUAAAAAUUGUACACAAAUAUAUUGUGCAUAGAAAAACUGUAGUGGACAGUUGUUCUAUAUACAAUAUAUUCGUGUGCAAUUUUUAAUUCAAGGCUGAUUCUUGUGCACAGUUUUUCCAUGUACAAUUUUUUUGUGUACAAUAUAUUUGUGUAGAAUAUUUUGAUCGUGUACAAUUAUUUUGUGUAGAAUAUGAUCAGUGCCGCAUCAACUAAGAUUUGCUUAUGUGUUUUGCGUUCCUUAUCUUCAGGCAUAUAAUUAUGCUGAAAGCAAUAGCUGAAAGCAAUUUUUAUGAUACACAGCAUGUCUAGAUAUUAAAUCCGAAACACCUGUGAGUCUUUUAAAAUUUGCUAUGAUCAUCUCUGCGGUCUUUUAUUAAAUUGACAAUACUAAUUUUAAAAUUAUUAGAUGUAACGUUAUUAACUGUUGGGCGUUUUGAUUUUUUCAUUUUUUUGUCAACUGCAAUAUUAGUACAAAUAAAACAAUUGUCUAUCCAAUUGAAAUUAUUGAUUAAAGUUCUCAAUUUCUUCUUUUGUGGACUGUACUGCAGUUUGGUAUCUUGAUCUUUUUGCGCAGCUUUAAUAUAUUGUUUGUGAAUGUACUUUUGACGAUAAGAUUUGUGCACAUAAACAAACUCAGCUUGUUUUAAAGUCGAAAAACCGUCAUUUCUUUCAACCGACGCUUUAAUGUUGGUAAUCCCUUUGUCACUUUGCACGUCACUUCGCAAGAUUAUGUUUACUGCAAAUGAAGCAAAGAUUUGCUUCAUUAGUUUGCGAGGGUCCAAUCUCGCCCAUACUUUAAAAUAUCUAAAAUAAAACACGUAAAUGUAUACAUUUUUUAUCUUUUCUGUUAUUAGUAUGUUUCUUAUAUUGCUAAUAUUGUCAUUAUACGAAUAUAUAAAUAAUUUACCAAUAAUUUUCUAUUACAGGUUUCAUUAAUUAGUUAAGCAUUUAAUCUUUUACUUAUAUAUUAUUUCUAUAUAUUAUUCUUUUAAAUUAGUUGUUUUAAAAUAAAAAUGCACAUAGAUUAUCAUGGCACUACUUAUUUGUGUAUUUUAAGGUUAACAAUCAAUAACUAUUUCAAUAAAUAAAUAAUUAUUUAAAUUAAUAUUGUAAUUAUAUUAUAAAAUUUCGCUUGCUCUUGGAUGUUGUCUGAAAGACUACAAAAGUAAAACUAAACGUACCGAAUAUUUGACUAUCUGCGGAACCGGACCGUACGUCAUCGAGAGAUUACCAAAACAUCUGUUUAUUCUUUGUCUUUUUCUACAUUGAAAUCCCCUCCAGAAUCUUUUCAGCGUUUUAUUAUGCUUCAAAUUCUUUUAUACAGUUUUAGAAUUGGUAUUAAACCUAACAUUGUACAUUGACUGCGUUUUCUCUCGUACACAUUAUAAUAAAAAUAUAAUUUAAAUAAUUUAUUAAAUAAAUAAAAGCGAUAAUUUUUAAUCUAUAAAGGUUUAGUAUAUUUAAUUUGUGAAAUUUUAAGCCGUCAAUCAUUGAAAUCCGAGUUGGUUGAACCGGUUCCGAAAUAAAAACCAAAUUUGACUCCACUAAGACGGACUCUCAGUAAUUCCAAAAAAUUAGUUGACAAAAAAUCACUGUGCAGCUUUUUGGCCUAUUUAUACUAAUAUUGCAAGAUAUGAUAAAGCAGUUAAACAUAUGGAGAAGUUAAAAUCUAUAUGGUCAAAACAUACUAUUCGAAAAAUUUAUGGAACAUAUUAUAACGUGGCUUAUGCAGUGGCAGGACGAAAAUUGAUACAAGUCGAAGAAGAAUCUGAUUUUACAUCGAAUACCGAAAAAGAAGAAUAUCGUAAAAAGUUCAGAAAAAUAGAACCGCUAAAACAUGGAUACAGCAAGUAGCAGUACUAACUGUAAUAGUUUUCUGUCAAAUUUUGUAGGAUUUCCAAUGUUCAAUAAAAAUACUAAGAAAGAUGUUCAAAAAGGUCCAUUACUUUUAGAUUCAUUCCUACUGAGAAAUAGGAAUCGAAGUCUAUUCGAUAACAUCGAUUCAUCAUGGCUUAGUACAUGUUGGGAUAACUUGAGGUUAUAUUUGGAUGAGAAUAAUCAGUGUAUUGAUAACAAUGAUCAGUGGCAAGAUCAUAAAAAUAAUGAUAACGUCUCAUCAAGUCCAAGCUUGACCUCUGAGAAAGGUUAUGCAAAUUCAUGUGAAGGUGAUAAUAAUAAUAAUGUUUAUGAGUCAAUAUCAUUAAAAGCAAAGAAGAAUGAAUUGCCAAUAACUGCCAGUACUAGUAAAGUACCAAAGUAUAACUAUAAUUGUGAACAAAACAUGAGUAAUCUUACAAAAAACCUAACUCAGGAAUACAAUAUGAAAAUGAAAAUAAAUAUUGAUGUGAAUACAUACUUUAAAAAGUGCGUAAAAAAACGUUCGACUGUUACUCUUGAAAUGGAAGAAACGGAAAAAAUUGAUACUUUUAAAGAUUUUCUAUUAAAAGAUGAUCUUGAAGAUGUGGAAACAAAAUUAAAACAGAACGUAUCUUAUCACGUAUCUUAUGUGAUCCAAAUAGUAACAUUUGUAACAUUAAUUGUAAACGUGAAAAAAUGGUCAGGACAGAUGAAAUCACUGAUCUCUAAAUUAUGGAAGAAAUCAAAUAAAAAAUAGUUGGUAUGGUGCGAAAAAAACCAAAUAUUUUUCAAAUUGGAAAGAGCAAUUACAAAAAUCAUCCAUUUUGUGGAUAUCAAGUUUUGAUACGAUUUUGGUAAAUGAUUGUAUAUUAUCAAACAUUCACUCCAUAAAAAUUUCGAAUUGAGCAUAUCUUUUAUUGCUGAGAUAUGAAGGGUUAAAAUUGAUAUUAUUCACGAACUUGAAAAAGAUGUUUAAUAAAAAAAAAUCACAUAAUACUACUUUUGUUAACAAUUUUUCGUAGUUCAAUAACAAUUAUGUAAUUAGUAAAAUAUCUCGAUAAAAAAGCUAUCACUACUAACAUUAUUAGAAAAAUCAUAGUAAAUACCGCAUCAAUAUUUCAGAAAUCGGUGGUAUCUAUAUAUAUUUGAAAUAUUGUUAUAAGGUUAUCGGAUUUAUAAAAUAUAAAGCAAGAUACCGUGUUGGCAUAAAAUAAGGUUAAUAAAAUAUUCCCGUAUAUACAUUAUUUGUUCAAUGCCCAUAGAGAUAGGUAUCCGACAUCAGUUAAAAAACAUUUUCCUGAAAAUCAUAAGUUGACUUCUAAAUAACAUUCUGACUUAAACAUCGAUUUGAGGUCAUGAUAAAUUAGUCUUCUAACAGACAAACAAAUCUCAUCUGAAACAUUUCUUUAUAUGAGAAAUAACCUCGAGGUUUUUCAUGUUAAACGGAUAAAAUUGCAUACUCUUUACUGGUGUAUAGACCAAUUUUAACUCUUCAUAUCUCAGUAAUAAAAGGUAUGCUCAAUCUAAAAUUUUCAGAGGAUUGAUGUUCCAUGACCCAGCUAGCAAAAUGACGCAAACUUUGCGCGAAGUUUGCCGCAAACUCGAGCAAACCUUUGCAACAAAAUUACGACAAAGUGUGUCCGCAUUAUAAG